AUGACACAGAAAGAAAAGUCAGAUGUUCAGUCCUCUACGUCCAAACCAGGUGAAAAUAACACGGUGUUCUCUGGUGCGAUAUCGACACAAGCCACUGUAGUGUUAGGUACUGCGGUUGUUCGUAUACAAGAUGACGCAGGUGUUAYUCAUCAGGUUCGAAUUUUGUUAGAUAGUGGGUCACAAAUUUCAGCCAUUACUGCAGAUUGUGCCACUAGACUUGGUCUUAAACGCAACAAGAGUCAUGUAGAAGUAGUUGGCCUCUCUCAACAACCGGUGUCCAAGGUAAAAGGUGUUACUCAGUGCGCGUUUUUCCCGCUUCAGUCAGAUCAACCAUUGUUUAAAGCAAAUAAUGUUAUAAUAUUGUCCCAAAUUACUGGAUUAAUGCCAACGUGUUCUCUCCCUGCUACGGUGCGCACACGAUAUCAACACCUAAUAUUAGCUGAUCCGGAAUUUGAUCUUCCUGGCACCGUGGACAUGUUAAUAGGAGGUGAUUUAUACCCGAUGAUUUUGCAGCCAAAAGCGGAUAUUAUACAUACCCCUGGAUUGCCGUCAGCAAUGCACACAAAUCUCGGUUGGAUAAUUGUUGGUUCACUUAAGGAUCCUACUUCAUUACCUCUGAUGUCGUUAACUAUUAGUGCAAUACCAGUCAUAAAUGAAACCAUGCAACAAUUUUGGAGGGUGGAAGAGCCGACAAUCCCAGUACACUCAACGACAGAAGAUGACCGAUGCGAAGAGUGGUUCUCUAAAACAGUGUCACGGGACACAUCAGGCAGGUUCUGCGUCGCUUUACCUUUUCGAUCUAUAAUUAACGCUCAGUGUGAUUUAAAUCAAGACUUGGCUACGCAUUGUAGUAUUGGUUCCUCUCGUACCAUGGCCUUAAAUCGCUUGUAUAAUAUUGAACGACGUUUAGUAAAAGAUCCCGAGUUAUAUUCCGCGUAUCGUUCUUUUAUGAAUGAAUAUCUGUCACUUGGUCACAUGCGCGUAGCGGAGAAGCCAGGAAAAUAUUUCAUCCCUCACCACGCUGUGGUCAAACGAGAGAAUGGUAACAUGAAAAUCCGGGUAGUCUUUGACGCGUCGGCCAAAUCGUCAUCUGGCCUCUCACUAAACGACUGCUUGGCGACCGGACCAAAAUUGCAGGGAGACAUUACCGACAUACUGCUUCGAAGUCGUUUCCACAAGUACAUGUUCAUUGCCGACAUUGAAAAAAUGUAUAGGCAAAUCCGAGUUUAUGACGCCGACUGCGUAUAUCAACACAUACUUUGGAGAAAUUCGCCCGACGAUGAAGUCCAAGAAUUCGAAUUAUGCACUGUCACUUAUG